AUGCCUAUAUCCCUUCACCGUAUGCCGAUCCUGAUUAAAAAGAUGAUCAUAUCAGAAAUGUCCCUAGACGAGAGACUACACCUGUCCGUUCUCUCCAAACGAGCCAGCUGCAUUCUGGGACUAUACAAGGCCAACCUUAGCUCGAUUCUAAUUACAGUAAAAGCCUCCCAUAUUACCGUUCGUGUCGGAAAGCUUCCACGUGGCGCCUGGUUCUUUGAAAUACCAUUCUACUCAUCCUCUAAAGACAACAAUAAUUUUGUAUGGAAGCUGGAAGGCUCAGCUAUUCAAGUUAAACGAACCCAUUAUCCUCCACAAACGCAUUUCGUGUUAAGCGCUGACGGAGAUGCGGUCGCUCUUUUCGGAAAGCUCCUGAGACAUCUUACAAGCUCUCAUAAUAUUCAAAACUGCUUCGAUUGCAAGUUCUACGCUAUUCCCGAUGGUGUUGUUUCUCAACUGGAAUCUAAUUACGUCUAUGACAAAAUCGAUAUAGGAAACGAUCGUUUGGAAGGUGUGACGCCUGAAGAUCUGAAGUUCCUGUUGGAGAAUCUCAGAGCAAAGGUGCUCCGUCUAAAUGUGGAAUGCUUACCAAUCAGUAUCUAUAAGUACCAGAAGAAUGGAGAUAAGGAUAGUUUAAUCCAAAAGCUGAUCAUUGGGAGUUAUAGCUGGGUGAAUUUCUCUGAACUGCCACCAAUACGAGUGAUAUCUAUCUGGAGAGAUGGACUGCAUCAGGUAAACACAAUUCUGAAGGCUUGGAUAGCUGGAAAGAAUCGGGAAAUGGAGAUUGGAGAUUUCGAGCUUGGCAAGUACUCGGAUCGAAACCGCGAGAUGAUUUUUACUGGCAUAGAAAGUGAUACCACCAGUUUAACAACCGCUGAACGAAACGCAUUUCUCUCCUCCGAGAGUCACUUUCCCAAUAUCAAAGCGCUUCGAGAUACAGUUGCAUUGGAUAUAACGAGAGAAGAAGAUGAGCUUCGAGCUACAGUAAUCGAGGCGACGACUGGUCCGAGUUUCCAACCUACACAAAAGAUGUUUGUCAUGGUUUGGAGUGAUGCGAAUCUCAGAACGAUUGGACGAAUUGUUGAUUAA